AUGAAACGUCAGGUUUACGGAAGUCAUUAUACAUAUCCAGGUGGAGUUGCUUUUGCUGUUAUGGUAGCACGUGCAUGUCAAUUAAUGCCUUCUUCUUAUCCAAAUGUAGUUUUACGUUUUUUUUUCGCUUUCUAUACACAAUGGUUGAGCCGUCAUGAUCGUAUUCUUCCGGUAUAUAUUACAGCUUCUCUGGAGAAUCAGGGCCGUAUUCAAGGUCUUCCUGAAUCAUGGGAUCCACAACGUGAGUCUUGCCGUGAGGAUUUAUUUCCUGUGAUAAAUCCUGCUUAUCCGUAUGUUAACGAUGCCCAUAAUAUUGGACGUUGUGGAUUAGAAGCAUUUUAUACUGAAAUUACUAGAGCUCAUCAAGUAUUGUCAGAUUCAGAUUCACCUCUAGAGAAGAUAUGGGAACUAUAUCAUAUUACUGAUUGGUACGACCAAUAUUUAUUAGUUCAAGUUUGUUCUUGGGCUGAUAAUGAGGAAGAUGCGAAACGUUUUCAUACGGCGUGGAGUUCAUAUGUGGCUAGUAAACUACGUUUUUUUAUUUAUGACAUGGAACAAUUAGUGGAUAUCCGUCCAUAUCCACACAAGAUAGAUAAUACUGCGAUAAAGCAGACAGGGCAAUACCGAGCCUUUGUUGGGGAAUGUUUUUUUGUUUUAGCUGUUAAAGAAAGGAAUAAUGAGACCAAACUGGAUUUAUCUAUGUUUUUUGAAGCAUUUAAAAGGUUUAAGCAUUUUAUAGCAGAUGGUUGUGUGAAUACAGAGGAUGGAGUGAGAUUUGUAUUCAAUGGAGAAGCUAUGCGAGGCCCUUACUUUAGGUUAGUUGAUGCUGCACACUUGCCAUUCGCUAUGGAGAAGUAA